AAUGCGUCAUUGUGCGUCAACUUUUUCAAAAUGGCGUACGUUCAUUAGAGUUCAAUGUGGUGUUGAAUUUUUCUAUUGAAAUUUUACAGCUAUACGCUUAUCGUUUUAGAAUUUUCAACUUGUGGUUGUUCAAUAGUAAUUGACUAGUGUGCAUUUAUUGUAUUUUUGCUGUUUAAUUUAUUGUAAGGACUUGGUAUUAUCAAAGUGAAAUUUCAUUAUGAGCAAUUACGAGGAUGACCAAAGUGAAGACGGAGAAUUGGCACGCAGUCCUAUCCAGGAAGAGAUGGAUUUUAGUUUGUCUGAUGAAGAUAGAGACAAUGCCGACUCUCUCGUGAUCAAACCACCUCAGGCUGUCCUUCGCCCUUCCCACAGAGACAAAAGAGCUCAUAAACGAUCUGGAAAGGACAGGUACAAAGAAACUUCUAGAAAAGAAAAGAAACAUAUGUACAGCAGGGAUCGAGACAAUCCCGAAAAACUGAAAAGGGAAAUGGGUAGAAACAAUGAUAGAGAUGAAGUAUCCAAAGAUUACUAUAGAGAAAAGCAAUAUUAUAGGGAAAAAGAAGUAUACAGGGAGAAAGAGAUGUAUAGAGAGAAGGACAUAAGGGAGAAGGAAAUGUAUAGAGAUAGGGAAAUGAGAGAAAAAGAAGUCUAUAGGGAGAAGGAUCCUUAUAGGGAAAGAGAACAUUACAGGGAAAGGGAAGCUUACAAAGACAAUUCUUCAUUUAGAGAUACUGCAAGACCUAGAGAAGCAUACAGAGAAAAAGAAAUAUAUAAAGAAAAAGACGUUCAGAGAGACCGUGAUGCAUAUUUGAGUCGAGAGCGUCAAUAUAAAUAUGAGGAAAGAAAACGCCUAGAAUCUGAUAGAAUGGAACCAAGGCUUCGUGAUGAAAGCCAUAGCAAUAGCAAUCAGAACAGUGAAAAAGAAAAUAGGGAUAAGACUUCAGGGGAUAAAGAAUUAGAGGACUUACGGAGUAGACUACUCAGUAAAAGAAAAAUUGAAUUGCAAACUCAAGAGCCUAAAAAACGAUCUGAUUAUUCAGAAAAACAUUCAAAGCAACCUCGACAGUCUUCACUAGAUAAACAGCAACAAGAAAGGAGAAACAGGUUUAUAGAAGCUGAACGUGAAAUGGAGAAAAGAAAGAAUGAAGCCAGAACUGAACUGGAGGCUCGGCGUGAGGAUAGAAGGCGGCGUGGCAAGAAGCGGUCAACAUCCCCGGCUACAGAAACAUCCAACAAGAAAGGCAAACCUUAUCAGUCUCCUAACUAUGGUGACUCUGUUGUCACUCUCUCAGAUGCAAGUGAUGUAGAGAUGAAAAGUGAAUCUGAAAAGUCUGAACCUGAAGAAGGUGAGCAUUCAAACACAGAGACAGAGGAUGAAAGUUCAAGUUCUGAGACUGAUUCAGGGGAAGAAUCUAAGUCAGAUGAGGAAACUACUAAUACUAAAGAAGAAACUAAAGCAAGUAGUGAAACUGAAAAAGAUAAAAAAGUUGAAAAGACUAAGCCAAAAUCAAAAUCUCCUACUCCUAAAUCAGAGCACAGAACACCAUCAUCGAGAGACUCUAGAAGAUCAAAUACAAGAUCAAAGAGUAGAAGCAGAUCACAUUCCUUUUCACCUCCACCACCAGCAGAAAAUGGCAAAGUUGCUCCUGAGGAGGAGAAAACUAAAGAAGAUGAGGAACAAGCUAGGUUGAGAGAGGAAGCUAUUAAUGCCCUCCCACCUUACUACCCUGCUCUACAGGGCUGUCGAUCAGUUGAGGAGUUUCAAUGUCUCAAUAGAAUAGAGGAGGGCACAUAUGGAGUUGUUUACAGAGCACGUGAUAAGACAACCGACGAAAUAGUUGCUUUGAAACGGCUUAAAAUGGAGAAAGAAAAGGAAGGAUUCCCUAUUACAUCUUUGAGGGAGAUCAAUACAUUACUCAAGGGCCAGCACCCCAACAUCGUGACGGUGCGCGAAAUCGUCGUCGGCUCCAACAUGGACAAGAUAUUCAUCGUCAUGGACUACGUCGAGCACGACCUCAAGAGCCUCAUGGAGACAAUGAGAGGAAAGAAACAAGUUUUUCUACCAGGUGAAGUCAAAUGUCUUAUGACUCAAUUGCUAAAAGCUGUUCAUCAUCUGCACGACAAUUGGAUUCUACACAGAGAUCUCAAGACUAGUAAUCUAUUGCUGUCGCAUAAGGGAGUUUUGAAGGUGGGAGAUUUCGGUCUAGCGAGGGAGUAUGGUUCGCCCUUACGACAAUACACUCCGAUCGUGGUAACAUUGUGGUACCGCGCUCCGGAGCUCCUUCUUUGCGGCAAGGAGUACUCCACGCCCAUCGACAUGUGGAGUGUAGGCUGCAUAUUCGCUGAAUUCAUCUCCAUGCAUCCACUGUUCCCGGGCAAGUCGGAAGUAGAUCAGCUGAACCGGAUAUUCAAGGAUUUAGGUACCCCUUCAGAGGCGGUGUGGCCGGGCUACAGCGAGCUGCCGGCGGUGCAGAAGAUGACGUUCGCGGAGCACCCGGCGGGUGGGCUGCGCACGCGCAUCGGCCAGGACCUGCUGUCCGAGACCGGGCACGCGCUGCUGCAGGGCUUCCUCACCUACAACCCCGCCAAGCGGACCACUGCUGACGCUGCGCUUGAACACGCCUACUUCAAAGAACACCCGGUAGCGAUAGACCCCGCGAUGUUCCCGACGUGGCCGGCCAAGUCGGAGGGCAACCGGCGCACGACGCACAGUCCGCGGCCGCCGGCGGGCGGCGCUGCGUACGCGCAGUUCGCGCGCGCCGACUCGGACGAGGCGCUCGGCUUCCACGUGCAGCACCGCUCGCUCAACGUCGCGCCCGGCUUCUCGCUCAAGUUCUAGCGGUAACCGCGCACCCCCGCUGUGUAAACAAUUCGACCUGCUCAUCUCCCACACCAUACAAGACUUCGUUGCCAUAACACUCAUCAUUAAAUGCGAUCGGACCACCGUGCCGUGUUCAAUAGACGAUAUACCUAUUCCGGUUGCACCCAAAUGUGGAGAUGGAUGUGUCGAUUGUUUAUUCAUCUUGUCCGGGGUGGAUUGUACAACUAUUUCAGAAUUAACGGAAUUCCCCCCGCCGUGAUGCCAUUAAUUGUGGAAUAGCUUCACUUAUUUUUCGAUAAUUUUAUUUUUAUUACUGAAACUGUUGAUACUAUCAGUACGCUAAUGCAACUGUAAACGACACCUUUUACAUGGUUAUAUAUAUAUUGUGUAGUCUUGUGAUGAAUGGUAAUUUUAAAAUUAUCUAUUGAUUGAUAUAUUAGACAUCACAUUAAAAAUCAAUUAUAUGUACUUAUCAAAAAUUAUAGUAGUCUUAUUGGAACGUCGUGGAUGUCAUAGGAUAACACUAUAAAUAUAACGAAUAGAGGAUUAUUUUUGCAUUUAAAUAAUGUAUCCGCGUAAAAGUACUGAUCUACUAAAAUAUAACAAUCAUUAAUAUGAAACAUAGACUAUGUGCCGGUAAAUUAACCAUUGAGCGCCGUUCUUGGUUUCUGUACUGAUUCUUUUGUUUUGGGAGUGUAUAUAUGAGCAGUUGGUAUAUAUUUAUAAAUAGUUAUUAUAUUGAAUGACGAGCAUUCGAGGGAAUUUUAGUUCAAUUUUUCUUAGGUUUUAUGUUCUAGUUUCGUUUACGAAAUGUUGUAAAAUUAUGGAAUGUGUACAUCAUAUUUUGAAUUCGCAUAACUCAAUAAACUAUUCGAUGUGUUCGAGUAGAAUCAAGUUAUAUAUUGGCCUCACGACACUGAAAGAUACGAGAUUUUCCUGUUAUAGCAACUUGUUGUAGGUUGUCUUUAUGAGCUCCUAAUUCUUCUGAUCUAUAUACAAUGUAUCUGUUAAUAUUAUCGAAACAUAUUGUUAGUAAUUAAAUUACCAAGUGUAAAUAUGUCCUAACACAGUCAAAACUGUGGUAAACCUCAAUAAAUAAUUACAUGUAUUUAUAGUGUAAGUUCUAGGGUAGAGUUACAUUUAAUAUGGUACAAUAUAGGUAUGUUUGACAGUA